GGGGGCGGGGCCUCGCCGCACUUCUGGGCCUCCGUAGCAGGGAGUCGCGUUUUGGCGUCCUUGGCCGCCCCUGCAGCGUGUGAGCCGCACCACCAACCGCGCGGCAUGCUGCUGUUGGCUUUGGGCGGCCGGUGGGCAGCAGGACUGCGACCCGGCGGGACGAGGACUAAGUGGUGUGCGGCCUCCGCUCUCCGAGGUUCCGGGGUCGCCUUCUGGCGUGCGGCCUCCCGCGCCGAGCCCUCGCGACUGCCGAACGGCGGGCUUCUGCCACGAGCCGAGCCCCGCCCGCUCCCCGGGGUAGCGCAGAUACCUGUUUGUUGGGAGCAAUGUGUUCGCUGCUUACAUACAAAAUAUGAUAAGCCAGAAGAUGGAAGGCUGAUUUAUGCUGGGAACCUGGCCCGCACAGUAUUUGGUGUGAAAUGUUUCUCUUACUCUACAAGUGUGAUCAGCCUUGCAUUUUUACCAUAUCUUCUUUCACAAAAUAUGACAUUUGGAAGUCUGCCUUUACAAGUCUUAUUUUAUGGGAUCAUGGGAAGCUUCACAGUGAUCACUCCUGUUCUGCUUCACUUCCUUACAAAAGGCUAUGUCAUUCGGUUGUACCAUGAAGCCACAACUGACACUUACAAAGCCAUUACUUAUAAUGUUGUGCUUUCGGAAACCAGCACAGUGUUUCAUCAAAAUGAUGUGAAGAUUCCAGAGAGCUCACAUUUAUUUACCACCUUUUAUGCUAAAACAAAAUCACUGUUGGUCAAUCCAAUGCUCUUUCCAAACCCUGAGGACUAUAACCAUCUAAUGGGUUAUGACAAACCAUUCACUUUUGAUAUAGAAGAAUUCAGUGAAAAGAAACUGCAUGAGGAUGAAAAAUGAAUCUGUUCUUUGUUUUUGCUUAAAUGUCAUGUAUAUUUCAGUGUAUAAUAAGAUUGCCUAUAUUUUGUUAUUGUUAGUGAAUGAUUAAAAAAGUUUAAAGGCUGAA